GCAGCAACCCCAGCUCAGCUUCGUCACUCGCCUCUGCACUCGCACCAGCACUCGACCUAGUGGCGGCAGAGUUCUUUCUCGGCAUUGUUUUUGUUAGUGUUGUUGUCCAUUGCCAAAGAAAAUACAAACUCGAACGUGAUCGGAGAUCUCUUGCGCAGAAUCUUGCGCCGUCACAGCCGCAGCCGCAGCCUCAGCUCGGUGUGUCACUGCCAACGUCAGAGCCAGUGAAGGCUUUGAUAACCAUUAAACGAAACAUUGUGUACUCUAAUCGCGACUUGCCAACAAGUUCUAAUACGUGUUAUUAUUGCCAAUCUUGGUGUUUUUUUUGGUUGGCCGAGUGCUGUGCAUCGAGCAAAAUGCAAUUACAAAAAUAAUAUUUAAAAUCGCUUAACAAAGAAAAAAGUACCAUUAACACGAUCGGCAUGGACAUGGACAUGAACGUGGACCUGGGUGCCCCCGCAUCCCAGUCGAUAUACCCGCAUUCGGCAACAAUGUUUGCCGCCAUCAGUGCCUGCGUCUUCACGACCAUCGGCGUGCUAGGAAACCUAAUCACUCUGCUGGCUCUGCUCAAGAGCCCGACGAUACGGGAGCAUGCGACGACAGCUUUUGUCAUAUCCCUGAGCAUAUCAGACCUGCUAUUCUGCUCCUUCAGCAUGCCCCUGACAGCAGUUCGGUUCUUCCAGGAGAGCUGGACCUUCGGCACCACCUUGUGCAAGAUAUUCCCUGUCAUCUUCUACGGCAACGUGGCCGUCUCACUUCUCAGCAUGGUGGGAAUCACCCUCAAUAGGUACAUACUCAUCGCUUGCCAUAGCCGAUACUCCCAGAUCUACAAGCCUAGGCUCAUAACGCUGCAGUUGGUUUUUGUCUGGGCCGUGUCUUUUCUGCUUCUGCUGCCACCCAUUCUGGGGAUCUGGGGGGAAAUGGGACUGGACGAGGCGACGUUCUCCUGCACAAUACUCAAGAAGGAGGGCAAGUCGAUCAAGAAGACGCUCUUCCUUAUUGGUUUCCUGCUGCCCUGCCUGGUCAUCAUAAUCUCCUACUCCUGCAUUUACAUUACUGUGCUGCACCAGAAGAGGAAAAUCCGGAGCCACGACAACUUCCAGAUUGGCGCCAAAGCGGCGGGCAAGGGGGAGUCUGGGGGCUCGUACGUGACGACAACGUGCACGAGAAAGGUGCGCGAGGACAACCGACUCACUGUAAUGAUGGUGACAAUCUUCCUGUGCUUCCUCAUCUGCUUUCUGCCACUGAUGCUGGCCAAUGUGGUGGACGAUGAGCGGAAAACCUCCUAUCCCUGGCUGCACAUAAUAGCCUCAGUCAUGGCCUGGGCCUCCAGCGUCAUCAAUCCGAUCAUUUACGCGGCUAGCAAUCGCAACUACAGAGUGGCCUACUACAAGAUAUUUGCGCUUCUCAAGUUCUGGGGCGAGCCCCUGUCGCCGAUGCCAAGCAGGAACUAUCACCAAAGCAAAAACUCAAAGGAACUCUCGGGCGUCAUCCGCAGCACUCCGCUCUUUCACGCUGUUCAAAAGAACAGUACUAACCAAAUGUGCCAAACAUAUUCAGUAUGAUUGAGUCGAUGUCGAGCCUCUUCCUUUGCAUUAGAGCUGUUCAUCAUACCAAUUACCUACCAAUUACUUCCUAAUUUAUGUAUGUACAUAUACGUGUAUUGAACCGCGUAUGAAAUCGGAAGCAACCGAAAUAAAUAUAACUUUAGAUCAAUUUAGAA